AUGGAUGACAUUAGGGCAAACAAUGACAUCUCUGGGAGGACUUUAAAUGAACUAUUGCAGUCUAGGUUUAGGGUGAGUUUGAAGACUAGCACAUUGUAUAAAAUGAGGACAUUGACAUUGAAAGAGAUUAACGGAGGACAUGAUGAGAGUUAUGGCUACUUACCUGGUUAUGUAGAGAUGGUGAAGCAAACUAAUCAGCGCUCUGUUGCUAUUUGUGCAUGGGAAGCAGAAGACUCCAUUGAAAGGCCUUUGACAUUCACUAGCAUUUUCAUUUCUUUUAGAGCUAAAAUUAGUGGAUUUGUCAAUGGUUGUAGAUGUUUAAUUGGGGUUGAGGGUGCACAUGUCAAAGGUCAAUAUGGAGGCACACUCCUUUCAGCUAUUGCUCUAGAUGGUAAUAAUCAGCUAUUUCCUAUUGCUUGGGCUAUUUACAUACUAAAAGACAGUGGUAGAGGUGAUGAUUGGACCAUCAUAUCUGAUAGACAGAAGGGAAUUGAGAUAGCCUUGAAUGAGCUAUGGCCAACUGCUGGGAGGAGAUAUUGCUGCAAGCAUUUAUCUGCAAACUGGAAGAAAAAAUAUCUGGGGCCGUUGAUGUAUGCACUAUUUUGGAGGGCUGCAAAUGCCACUUCUCUAUUUAAGUUCAAGAAAGAUAUGGAAGCCAUUGACGACGCGAACCGUACGGCAAGGGAGUGGCUUGCAGAUAUUGGAGAUCAAUCAAGAUGGACAAAGUAUGCAUUUGACCAUAAUGUUAGUUGUGACGAGAACAAAACGAACUUUGUUGAGAGCUUCAAUGCAACUCUUGGAGUUGAUAGGUGCAAACCUGUUUUAACACUACUUGAGGGUAUAAGGAGGAUAACUAUGGUAAGGAUGGCCACAAGAAAGGAAAAGAGUGAAAACUGGAUAGACAUUGAUUUAUGUCCUAAUAUAGUGAAGAGAGUGAAGUCCCUGAUUUCAGACUCAAGAACAUGUAAGGCUUUCAAUUCUGGUGAUGGAUUUUAUGAGAUUAAAGAUGGUAAUCCACCUUGUCUGUGA